UUUUUCCUUUUGUUCUUGUUUACUACUUUACCUCGAUAUCUCCGUCUGCUGUUUGUUCUUCAUUUUCCUUUUAUUAAGGCAACAGGAGAAGAAAAUGGCAACCGCAAGACUUCCGACAAUUUGCAUGUUCGGAAACGCCCCACAAGCCCGAACCAAAACCAAUUUCCUAAAAAGCCCGUCUUCGUUGGGCUCUUUAAAGAGCGCAACAAAAGCAUUGGGCUUGAAAUCGAAGCCCGAUUUUCGAGCAUGUGCAAUGGCAUGUUACAAGGUGAAAUUGGUGGGGCCCGACGGAACCGAGACAGAGUUCGACGCACCGGAUGAUGCAUACAUUCUCGACUCGGCCGAAGAAGCCGGGCUCGAACUGCCCUACUCGUGCAGGGCAGGUGCUUGCUCCACUUGUGCGGGCAAGAUUAUCACGGGUGAGGUGGACCAAUCGGAUGGCUCGUUUCUUGAUGACAACCAAAUGAAAGAGGGGUACUUACUUACGUGUGUUUCUUACCCUACUUCGGAUUGUGUGAUUCACACACACAAGGAGACCGAUCUUUAUUGAGCAAAUUGUGUUAUUUUUAGGAAAGUCGACGCCCCGUUGAAUGUGUUCGUAUUGUGUUAGAAGGUUUGUGUUUGUCUUGAGAGUUGAGGAAAGACCACAAUUCAGUGUGAUCUUUUUUUUAUUUGCAAAUUUGCCUAUAUGACUACAUAUUUAUUUUAUGCUAUUAUGCAGGGUUUGCUUUGGGUGA